ACACUUCAUCUUCUCUCACUCCCACUGAAGCCCCAGAGCCAAACAGAUCAGGCUGGGGAGAAAGAGGCAGCUGGAGGUCUCGCCUGUCCUAUUCUGGCUAGGAACAGAGUGGCAGCUCAGAGUCUCUCUGGUUUCCUUUGCCCUCCUUGCAUCGAUAGGUUCUUGUAGAAGAGGUAGCACGGAGGAGGCAGAUUCUCUGGCAGACCCUUGGCAAGAACCAGGUAAGUCCCAGGUGGGCCGGGCACUUUGCAGGUAACCAGGGGUCCUGACCGCUUCUCUCCUGGGCCAGCCAAGGCCACACGCUGCCAGGCCAGGGCACUGGAAGAAGGAGCUUUGGGUUGGUUGGGAAGGCCUUGCAGCUUGGCCAGAGUGGCCUUGCGAGCACCAGAGGCUGGCCUUGGCUACCCUAGGAGGCCAACAAUGGUGACAGUUUCCCCUCUCAGGAAGAGGCAACAGGCCCAGGGUCUUCUGUGGUGGAGAAAGCUGUGCCUGGUGGCAACAUGCAGAGGGGCAACAGGAGCCCUCUAGGCUCUGGCAGUCCUGGGUGGGAGAGAGAGAGUGGAAUGGCCACCAGGCACAACUGACAGGCACUCUCUCCAGGAUACUAAUCUAAGAGUUUCUGCUAAUGGUUCCUGCUUUCAUAGUUGCUUAGGCUUAUCAAUCCAAGAUGGGUGAGAGGGGGUUGUGCUCCUCUGGAUGGGGGGAACUGGCGGAAUUUGCUUUGUGUGCUGUGUCCAUCCUUUUUUAGGGGUGGCUGUCUAAACGCGCUCCAGAAGCCCUUGCAGUAUUGCCUCCCCCGUAUCUCAUGUUUUAAACGACUGCGUGGGUAGCAGCCCCAACAAGGACGGGCCAAGUGGUGGGUGGGCAAGACAAGGGCGGGGGCUUUGCUUCGGGGUCUUGCUUGCCUGUGGCUGUCUAGCAUUUCCCAAGUAUGUACUGUCUUCUUCCUAAAGCGAGGCAGGGACUGACUGGUUCCUCUUGCAGGAGCUGGUGGCUUCAGCCCACUAAGUGAGCUUGACCAGGAAACUCUCUCCAGGGGCAGCAGCAGGUGGAGGGGUUUGCUUUUGAAACCACCCACUUGAGCAUGCUGAGGAGACCCCCCAUAGAAGCAACUGGAGGUGGCCCAGGAAUGAGCAUGGAGAGAGCAAGACAACUAGGAGAGGAAGGUCUCAGCUCCAGCGAUGGGGGGAUUGUCCUCCCUGUAGCUUCUGUCCUGUGUCUUGUCCCUGCUCCUUCUGUUGUCAGGCGCUUGGGCAUGUGGGGGCCUCUGGGGGUUGUGGAGCCUUCCAAGAGUCUAUCUCCUCUUCCUCCUCCUAUCUGCCAGGCCAGCAAAGGAAGUGCAUCACUGUGGGCACAAAAUGCAUCACUGUGGGCAUUUGUGGGCGGGUGGAGGAGUCCCCCACUUUCCCUGACAGGAUGGGGCAGGAAGGUGGGGUGGGGGCAUAAGCUGCGUCACCAGCCACCGUGUGCCAGAAAGUUCUUUUUCAAGGAGAGAUGCCACUUUUCUGAGUCUUUGGCCUGGUGGAUAGAAGGGGUGUCCUCUCUGCCUCUGACCUUCCCCCUCCUCCGUUGUUGCUCCUCCCCCUCCCUCUCUGUUGCCCCUCCCCCACGCCUGCACCUCACUGCCUCUAAGGUGCUGCUGGGACCCCAGGGCCUUUCCUGCUGCUGCUGCUGCUGCUGCUGCUUCCCCUUCUCUUGCCCUGUGCAGGAGAACAGCAUGCACUGCCUUAAAACCCAUCUGGCCUGCUCCUCUCAGGUGGAUUUGUAGCUGGUUGACUGACCAAACUCAAAGAGUGCUCAUUAACGGUUCCUCAUCAUCCUGGGAAAAAGUGACAAGUGGGGUGCUGCAGGGUUCUGCCCUGGGCCCGUUGUUGUUCAAUGUCUUUAUAAAUGACUUGGAUUAAGGAAUUGAGGGGAAGCUCAUCAAAUUUGCAGAUGACACCAAGCUGGGAGGGGUAGCUAAUGCCGUAGAAGACAGAAACAGAUUUCAAAAUUACCAGAAUUCAAAAGAAGCUAACGCUAUUCUAGGCUGCGUCAACAGAAGUAUAGUGUCCAGAUCAAGGGAAGUAAUAGUCCUGCUUUAUUCUGCCUUGGUCAGACCACACUUGGAAUACUGUGUUCAGUUCUGGGCACCACAAUUUAAGAAGGAUGUCGACAAGGUGGAAGGUGUGCAGAGGAGGGCAACCAAGAGGAUCAAGGGUCCUGAAACCAAGCCUGAUGAGGAACGGUUGAAGGAGCUGGGUAUGCUUAGCCUGGAAAAGAGGAGACUGAGAGGAGGUGUAAUAGCCAUCUUCAACCACAGCUGCCACAUGGAGGAGGGAGCAUACUUGUUUUCUCUUGCUCUGGAGGGGAGGACUUGAACCAAUGGCUUCAAGUUGCAAGAAAGGAGAUUCCGACUUAACAUCAGGAAGAACUUUCUGGCACUAAGAGCUGUUUGACAGCUGUAGAACAGACUCCCCUGAGAGUUGGAGGACUCUCCUUCCUUGGAGGUUUUUAAGCGAAGGGCCAUCUGUCCUGGAUGCUCCAGCUGAAAUUCCUGCAUUGUGGGGGGUUAGACUAGAUGUCCCUUGAGGCCCCUUCCAACACUAAGAUCCUAUGAUUCUGCCCCCGCCCUGGUCUUGGGCAUCCUGGCCAGAGGCAUCUCCUGCCAGCCAGUUGUCCUCUUGUUGAGCCAUGCUGCUGCUGCCUUUCGUGUGAUCUCUCCUCUGCUGUUGACACUCCGUUGCUCACCAUCCACUUGCUCAUUUCCUAUAAACAGGAAAAUGGAGCUGAGGGUCAUGUGUGUUUUCCAAGUAAACAGCAGCUUCCUAUCUCUGGGCGGGUGAUGGAAGGGGUAGGAGAUGAAGGGAGGGAGGGAGGGAGGGUGUGUAGGGGGAGCAGCAGGUGAAUCCUGUGUAAGACACUUGGAAUCACCAAAGUCAGAGGAGUCAGGGCAGAAAUGUAGUAACCCAGCAGCCCAGACUGAUGCCUGUGUCCAGGCCCUGCUCCAAACACCUCCAGCGAAGGGAGGCCUUGACCUCCUGGGGUGGCAGAGGCCCCACAGCUGGAUUGGCUCUUGCCCUCAGGCAUUGUCUCCACAUGUCUAGCUGAUAUCUGCCCUUCCCGCCUCUUGGCCCCCAGAAGAUGCCCUGCGAAGGGCUUUGGAUGAGCUGCAUGUGUGGGGCGUGGCGAGUGGUGCUUUGUACUUUGUCGGUUCCCAGAUCCCAGGACUUUUGCUCAUUCCCUUCUCUUGGGGCUUUUGGCUAAUAAAGAAGAGAUGCCUGAUGCCAUGAGGUCCCUCUGGGCCUUAUCCUGCUGCUGAAGGCCAAAGGAGGGGUGCAUGGAGGGGGGUGUUCUCAGUGAUGGGACCAAAACUGAGGCUGGCAGCUGUGUCCCCUCCACCGCAGCCUUUAGAGCAAACUCGCAGAUUCCCCUUCCAGCCUUCCUCAUAAAAAUGGAAGGCACUUCAGGGGACAGGCAAAAAGUCUUUGCCUGCAAUUCUCCUCUCUUUCUCUCUUUCCCUUCCCACAAUGACAAGGUAACCCUGGGCCCUGAUCCUGAAAGGGUCUCCCUGUGGAAGCUCACCAGAGCCUGAGCUGCUGCCAGAAGCCUUUUGGUUGGAGGGGGUAACUUCAAGGGGGCCUGGUCCUGCCCAUUCCUUUCCCUCUUGGCACCUCCCAAAGGCACAGGCCACCAUGGGGCUUGGGAGAGGGCUGUGCAGGCAUCCCCAGCCAUGCAAUGGAGUUGGACUUGUUUUGUGGCUGGCUGGCAAGAAGGGCUUAUGAAGUGGCACCAGCCCCGAGGGUGAAGUGGCUUAAGGGUCAGUCCUGCCUUUGCAUCGCCGCUUGGAAAUGGGUCUUUCGCUUUCAGCAGUGCCUCCCAAAGACAGGGUCCUCAAAGGCAGCUGUCUCCCCCUCCCCUCAGCUUUCGGGCCAUGGAACAUCCUUCUUUGAAUGCUGAAUCAGAGACAUGUAGAAGGGAAUGGGGACCCCCAGGUGGAAAGCUUCCAGUGGAGUCAGAUGCAUCCUUGUGACUCAAUACUGCACGACUUAUUUUGAACAGGGUUUUAUCUUCCAUGGGAUGGUAAUGGACAGGAUGGAGAGAGCAGCUGAUUAUGCAGGUUUGCAUUGUAUGAAAUUGAAGGGGCCCCCCAUAGCUGUCAACCUUCUCUUUUUUUGACGGGAAAUUCCCUUAUUUCAGCGCCGUUUCCCGCUGCUAUCCCGGAUUGUUAGAUAUCCCGUAGACUGUCCCUGGGACAGGUGAGGCUGCUGAUCCCUUAUUUUCAAAUCUGAAAGUUGACAGCUAUGCCCCCCCCCCAACUGCCCGGCUGCUCAAGCCUCCUUUCCUAGAGAGCCAGCUUGUGUGAGAUCUGUCUCUGUCUGUGUGCUCAGAUAUGCAGCGUUCCUGGAAAUGUGUUCCCUUGCAGGCAUUUCCUGGCCACCCUCUGGCAGUGGAGCUCUGUCCCAAACUCUGUGCUUCCUGUGAUGAAGUCAUAGUGACAAGGAAGUGUGGCCUUGACGCAAGUGUGGCAAAGCGAGAGUCAGAGCAGUCAGCGGUAGGUGGGACUCUUGAUGAGCUUCCCCCAUGAGUGAUGGGGAAGAGAUAAGGGGGCCCAGAACUUGGGGGGCACAUUCUCAGCCUCCAGCAGUGGCAGUUAGAUGGGCUCUGGGCACCCCUCUUUGCCAGAGGCCCUGGAGACUCAUUGUGGGCAAGAGCCACAUACCAUCAUCACUUUUCUCUCUCCUUUCCCCAUUAAUAAUAAUAAUAAUAAUUUUAUUAUUUAUACCCCACCAUCUGGCUGGGUUUCCCCAGACACUCUGGGUGGCGUACAGCACAUUAAAAAUGGUAAAACAUUAGACAUAAAAAAAUUCCAGAUACAGGAUUGCCUUCAGGUGUCUUCCAAAGGUCAGAUAGUUGUUUAUUUCCUUGACAUCUGAUGGGAAGGCGUCCUUCUGCCAUGAGGACUUGCCUCUUGCUGGUCCUUUGCUUCACCUCCCGCAGUUCUCUCUCACUGGCUGCCAGGGUCACAAGGACGGCCAUUCUGCCCUUCCCUGUUUUUUGGGCACUUCCAGCCAGAAGCGCUUGGCUGGCUUGGCUUGAGCCUGGGCAAGGAGUGGGUGGGGAGGGGAGCAGGAAGAGCGUGCCCUGCCCAGCCGCUUGGGACAGGCCUUCAGAGUGAGGCCGUUCACACAUUUCUUCUGCUUUGACACUGUAUGCUUGACCGUGACUCUUCAGCAAGCCAAGUUCUGCUGCAGCCCUGUCCCAGGGACCCAUCCAAGUUUUUGCAGGAGGGGAGAGCCCAGCUUUUUCUGCCCAACUGACUUCAUUGCUCAGCUGCUCUUAGAGUUCUUUGAUAUCCAAAUUUACUUCCUGUUGUUUUGAACCUGUGGCCACCAGCAGCCCUCUUCUCUGCGAUUACACUAAACACAUACCCUCCAACAUUUCUCCAGUGAAAAUAGGGACGUCCUAACGGUCAGGGGUCCCUUUACCUUUAUUCAAUAGUAGUAGUAGUAAUUGUUGUUGUUGCUAUUUUACUAUUUAUACCCUGCCCAUCUGACUAGGUUGCCCCAGCCACUGCAGGUGCCUUCCAACAUAUAUAAGAACAUAACAAAAGAUUAAACAUUUUAAAAAAAAUAUUCCAUAUACAGGGCUGCCUUCAGAUGUCUUCUAAAGGUUGCAUAGUUACUUAUCUAUAGUUACUUAACUCCACACACUCCAAUAUUUCUCAGAUGAAAAGAGGGACAUCCUAUCAUGCCCUCCAACAUUUUUUUGAUUAAAAUAGGGACACCCUAAGGAAAAGCAGGACUUUUGGGAUCAAAUCAGAAACGAGGACAGCUUCUGUAAAUCCAGGACUUUCCCUGGAAAAUAGGGACCCUAGGAAGGUCUGUAAACAGCUGUCCUUAAACUAAAUGAGAUGACAUUCUGUCAUUCUCGCUUGCGAGUCCUGGGCUUCAUUAAUGCACAUUUUUUUAAAAGAGGAUUGGCUCCAAGCACUGCUUUUUGUCUAAAAAAAUGUUUAGGGGUACCCUCAUUUUCCUACACAUAUUGAAAUACUGCCCCUCAAUGAAGCCAAACUUACACACACAAAAUGUUUAGGGGUAUGUGUCCCCCCACGUCCCCCCAGAAAAAAGCACUGGCUCCAAGUAAUAUUAGGAGUGGCAGGGGGAAGAAUCAUCUUGUUUAGGAUGAAAGGUGGGUGUCUGUUCUCUUAGCUGAAAACUUAUACAGUAUUGGGGAUUUGGAACCUUCUGCUUUUGCUGACUUCAGGCAAACAGGGCUGUGCUUCAGUUUUUUGGUUCAGAUUUUUUGCCUGGUGCCCUCCCUCAGGCUGGCAGCGCCAUUCCUGUGGUUUGGAGCUCAUCUCUUCAGCAUUAAGAUGAGCGACACAAAGGCGGCAAGUGGGGGCGAAGGGAGGGAGGGUCUUCCUCUGCUGCAUCAGUUCAGGAAGACAGAGCGGUCCUUUCCAGGAAUAUGCAGCGCCACGGCUGGCACACACACUCUGAGGAGCCUGGCACCAGCGCCUGUGCUUCUUCCCGCUGCCGGCACACAGUGGCAUGGAAGGGCGGGUGCUGGCAGGAGUUCACUGCCUCUGAGCUGCCCAGGCCAGUCUGCUGGCUGCCUGCAGUUGGCAGGGGCCUGUGGACUCCUGGGAGCCUCUGGCCGCUGGGCUUACCUGAGGGAACAAGGCUUCCCCACAGGCCUCUUGGGAUCUGCCUCUGUCCCAUCUUAGGGAGAAUGUUCAACUCUGGGAUGCAAUUGCCGCAUUGCAGGGGGUUGGACUAGAUGACCCUGGGGGUCCCUUCCAACUCUACAGUUCUGUGGUCCUCUCUAAAUCUAGCCUGCAUGGGUGCAUGUUUAGAAACACACCUUCCAGGAUGCUUUGGGGCUGGGCUAUAUAGCGUAGGAGUUAAGCAGCUGCAUUAGUUUUGCUGGGUCUCUCAACUGGGGCAGCAGGCCAGCUGAUCCACUAGCAUUAAGGAUGUCCCCGCGGGCCUUCAAGGAAUGUUCUUGCUCGGAGAUCCACCCUGGCCAGAGAAACCGGGAAGUUCUGGCAUCGCUGGGCUCUGACUGUGUGAGAGGGGAGGGGGGGCUCCUGGCAGGUUCCCUGCUUCCCACGCAGUGACAAUUUAGCCGUAAUUCAAGCCAGCCUCUCUUCCCCCUCCAUCCCAUCUCACCACCACCACCAGGGCUGGCUGAGAGGCUCCCCUGACACCCUGCAGGCUGUUUCUUCCAGGCCAGCCAAGCGCCACCUCAGUGCCCUCCAGGCCUCCCCUUCCCACUCUCCCCCUCAACUUUCCUCCUCUUCCCAGGCGCGUUGCUUCCUUUGGAGCUGAGCAGGCAACUGUGCUUGGCAGAGCCGGGCUCACCACCAAGGAAGCAAAAGCCCCCUUUGCAGGCUUCUGGCGCUACUUGGGGAAUCGCAUUCCGGAAUCCCCCCCCCCCCAGGGGAGCAGCACCUCCCUCUUAAUGCCUCUUAAUUCCCCUCUCUGGAGUGGGGUCUUGGGCAAGCAGUGGUCCCUGCUCAGUCCAGGCCUUUGCUUGUGGCCCUGUACAAAAUGAGCCUUUUUGUCUCAGGCCAAAAUUAAAGGCCAUAACUGGGUGAGGAAGAGCUGCAGGGUGAGAGUGGUGCACCCUCCACAAGACCCUCCUGCCUCCCCAUUCAGGCCCCACAGGUGACCUUUCGGCAGCAAACCACGAAGCAGCAGCCAGGGUGCUGAGUGCAGGUCCUGGCCUGGCUUCAGCGCACCCUGACAUUUUUGUCCUUCAGGGCAACUCAAGAGCAGGCGGGGAUGGGAUAUCCCCAUUUCUGGCCACCUUCUUCCUGGCGAUUCCCAGCCACAAGGAGGGCGUGGCUGGGAGAGCGGCAGAGCUAGGCAGCCCCUCUUUCCCACGCAGCAACCUCCAGCUGGUACUGGGAUGGGGAAGCUCCAGGGGUCAUUUCCUGUUUCCAGUCAGUUGCAGAAGGAACGUAAAAUGCGCACCGCAAGCAUUAAUGGGGAGGGGUAUUUAAUUACACUAAAAAGCCACUACAGGGGGCUGAUGGAGUCCAGAUGUGGGCCUUGAAAGGGCGAGGCAGAGCUCGGCUGCAGAGCUUCCAAAAAAGACUUGCAGCCACUGGAUUUAUUUCAGAACCUAGACCAGCCUCUGCGGAGUCUGAGCCGCUUUUGGCCUGCUUUGGGGGUCCCUCAGUCCCAUCUCUUAUGGCUCCUGGGACGGGCAUCUGGUUGGCCACUGUGAGGACAGGCUGGUGGGUCGAAUUGGCUGCAGCCGCUCUUCUUAAGGUCUUCUUGCUGCUAGAUGCUGUCUCCAGUUUCAGAGGUGGUGCUCAUCUGAAUACCAGUUUCUGGGAAUCCCAAGUGGGGAGCGUUGCUGCUCUUGCUUAGGCCCCGCUCUCGUGGGCUUCCCCUUUGGAGUAUUUAGCUGGCCCCUUGGAGAACAGGGGGCUGUACUGUGAUGGGGCCCCUCUGGCCUGAUCCAGCAGCAGGGCAUGGCUCCUCUGACGUUCUCAUGAAGCGCCGACUUCUUGUGUCGCUCUGGCUAUGACUUGCGUCGUUCUGCCUCCGUCUCCCAGGGUCUUCCUUGGCAGAAUGCGAUGUCCAUGUCGAGGGAGGCAGAGUGAAGUCGCUGCUCACAAUCAAGGGCUGGAACAGGCAAAUCUUCCUGGAUCUCUGGGGCUAGGGAGUGGGUGGGGCCACCCCUCUCCAACUCCUCUCUAUGUGCCUUUGGGGCUCCUGUAGCCGCAGGAAUCUCGUUCUGUUCCUGAAGGCAAUGCGGGGGCCGCACACAGGCAGGCUGAGCCCCUCCAGGGCCCGGACAAGCCCUGGAACGCCUGUUCCAGCCAAGCUUCGGGGCGGGUCCAGCCACAGCCGGCCAGGAGCGCCUAGAAACUCCCACCCCCCGCUGGGAAUCCGCCCCACCUGCCUCCCGCUCUCUAUAAGCGACUUUUGGAGCUUUGCAAGGGCUGGGGGCUGGGAAUGCAACCUCCCGCCAAGGUCGUCCCCUCUCCUCCUCCUCCACGGGUGGUCCCAGCGCAGGAGGGUGGCGAGCAGAGGCUGGACUUGUAUCUUCUACACAAAAGCAGGAGGAGCCCUCUGGUCUGAUCGGUUCCAGGCGCUCCUGGAUGUGGUUUCAAGGAGUGUGUCGUUCGUCCCCCCGUCCCCCCCAUUCUCUGGUGGAAUAUAGGUUGCCCAGCGAGGCAGGGGCGGAGGAAGGGGACAAGGGGGUGGUCCGCCCCAGGUGUCUUUGCUGAGGGGGUGACAUUUGGCGCGCCACCCACCCGCGACUCCCAAACCUACCCCGAGCCAUCGGGUGGAGCUGUGUGUUCCGCCCCCUUUGGAGUGCGCCCGCCCUGGGCAGUGCGGGCUUAUGCUCCGCCGCUGCAGCAAGGGCCCCCCCUUGUGCCACUUGAGGGCUCUGGGCCAUGCAGUCCCCCCUUCAGCAGCCUCACCUCCCCCCUUCGGACCCAGGCCAGCGGUCUGUUUCCACCAAGAAUUCUCGGGCAAUAUCUUGAGCAUCGACUCCCUGCCAUAGGAGCCAGCUCCCAGGAGCCAAAGGGGAUUCAGCUUCCCCAAUAAAAUAUUUAAGGGGGGCCAGCCCCUCCCCCCCAGUAGAUAGGCAUUGCAAUUCAAAUAGUGUGUGUGCAUCGUGUCAUGUGAUCACUUAUGCAUGGCGGGGCUUACCUGCCCCCCCCAAUUUUAUUCGAGUUGGCACCCUGGUCCCUGCUGUCAUUUGGGUGGUGGCUCUGUAAUGCUUGUGAAUGGUCCUGGGUUCAAUCCUGGGGGCUUUCUUUUUCCUCCCUGGUUUCACAGUUUCUGGACAUUUCCCCCCUCCAAAAAACGCCUCCCCAGCUCAGAUCCUGGGGUGGGUGGGGCUACCUGUGCAGAGCACCUUUGGGUGCUCCUCAGAGUCUCCUCCAUGCCACCCCACCCCACUUCCAGCAUCAGGGGGACGGGCAGGAGGGAUGAGGGAGGGGGACCCACAGGCAACAGCUUGCUCAGCAAAUAACCCAGGAGAGUUGCUGCCAAAGGGAAGGGGGGCACUUAGGGCAGCCACUUCGGGAGGCAGGCGAGCAGGUGCAAGUAACCCGUUCACAGCUGAGACCUGCUGAUGACUCUCCUAACUGCAACAGAGGACACUUUUUUCCUGUUUAACAGACCAAGGUAGUCAAUGUUUAACAGUGAGAUAAAGCAGAAUCUCUCUCUCUCUCUCUCUCUCUCUCUCUCUCACACACACACACACACACACACACACACACACACGAUAUGUCCGUAGUGUUAAUAGUGGAGGAAUCUUUCCUUUCAUUUUUUUAAAUGUAAUUUGUUCUGAUAGCGUAACUGAAAUCGUCUCUAAGCAGCGUGCAAGUAAUUCAGUGCAAAAAAAACCCCAGUUAAAACUAUGAAGUCAGAAUUCAGUUUAAAUUCCCGCUGCAAGGGGGAGGGGGAGGUCUUCCAUAGGUGCCAGAAGAUCAACAGGGAGAAUGGGCCUGCCUGACCUCAACUAGCGCAUCUGAGCCAUGGGGGGGGGGGCCUGGGGGUGACAGUGGCCCCUAACGACCAGCUCAUUGGCAGCGAUGGAUGCUGCUGCUAGCUGCCUCUCCUUGUUCCCGUAAACGACAGGCGCUGAAGCCAUCAGGGUGGCAAAAGGGCGUGUGAAGUAGACCCAAGAAACACGCUUUCCCCCGAUGGCAGAACCUGUCCAGCUAUGGAGCUGCCGCCGAAGGCUUGCAGCACUCAGGGCGUCCUUCAAUGUGUUUGCACGGUUGAGGGAGACCACGCAGAGACUCCUGGGCUCCUGGCGCCAGCUUGCAUUCCGGUUUGGAAAACAGCCUUUUGCAGGAAACGAGCAAUCGGCUCAGAGAUGAGCAGCUGCCGCACCAGAAGCCUGUGCUGAUUUGCCAUAGGGAGCGAGUGGCCCCGUAACAGAGGCAGCGUCCGUCCGCCCAAGGCCAGGAAGGGGCUUCCUGCGUCCUGGGAUGGGCUCGGCGAGCGGGAUCUCUGUGGGGAGAAAUGUUUGGCAGGAGGUGAGAUGCGAAGGAGCCAUGAAGUUCCCCUCCAAGCCUGCUGUACUUUUCCUGCGUGUGGGUGGCUGCAGCUGGCCUGAAAGGUGUCCCUGAAGAAAUGUGGUUUGGAGGAGCCAUUCUGCUGUAGAAUAAAUGCCCUGCCAGCAACCCCAUCCUCCGAGAGCGGGGGGAGGCGGGACGAGAGAUGUAAAAUAUCCAGAAAUUUUGAAGCCAUGGGGGGGAACGUUCCCCCCCUGGUUUUUUUUCUGGGAAAAAUUGAAAAAAGGUUCGGUGUGGAAAAGUUUUACAAAUUGUGUGAAACACAGUGUAGAUAAAAAGUAUUAUGCUUGCAAUAAAACAGGUAACCACCCUCCUUUCCCUCAAAAGCAACAACAAAAAAAGCAAGAAACCAUCAACAUAAAUAAUAAUCAGAUUUGCCCCUUAGCACCAACAGCAAAAGGGUGGCGCUGUGGUCUAAACCACAGAGCCUAGGGCUUGCUGAUCGGAAGGUCAGCAGUUCGAAUCCCCACGACCGGGUGCACUCCUGUUGUUCGGUCCCAGCUCCUGCCCACCUAGCAGUUUGAAAGCACAUCAAGUGCAAGUAGAUAAAUAGGUACCGCUCUGGUGGGAAGGUAAAUGGCGUUUCUGUGCGCUGCUCUGGUUUGCCAGAAGCGGCUUAGUCAUGCUGGCUACAUGACCCGGAAGCUAUCUGCGGACAAACGCUGGCUCCCUUGGCCUAUAGAGUGAGAUGAGCGCGCAACCCCAGAGUCGUCCGCAACUGGACCUAACGGUCAGGGGUACCUUUACCUUUACCAACAGCAAAUAAAGUUAAAGUUAAGGUUUAUUCUAUCUCAUUUUCUGAACUACAGCUAUCAUUUUCCAUUUCUUCUUCCUCUUCCUCUUUGUCAUUUUUCUCAUGGACUUCUUAUUUAUGUUGAUGGCUUCUUGCUUUUUUUAUAUACACCGCCUUUCGCGCAAUUUGUGAAACUACUCCACACUGAACUUUUUUUCACUUUUUCCAAAUGUCCAUUUUUUCUGGGAGGAAACAAGGAAAAAAACUUUUUUUUUCUCAUGGCUUCAAAAUUUCUGGAAAUUUGACAUCUCUAGAUAAAACACAGUUAAAAGCAGGUAUUUAAGAGUAUUCAAAAGAUGAUUAAAGACAGCAGUGGUUAAAAGGAAGUAAAUCGCAUGCAGCUUCUACGUGUUCAGAUGGGCUGGCCCUAACAAAAAUGUUUUGAGCAGUUGCUGGAAAGAGUAGAGUGAGAGCACCUGCCUGGUGUCAGUUGGCAGGGAGCUCCAAAGUGGGGGUGCUGGAAGCCCUGGGGGGGGGAAUGGAAAAAUUGGGAGGGGGCAGUUUUUCCCCUGUUUUUUCCCAAAGUCUUUUUUUCCCCAGGAAAAAAUUGGGGGAGGGGAGUGUGUGUGGAAUAUUCAAACUAUACCAAACGAUUUUUUUCAUUUUUUCUGGAAAAAAACGGCUUCUGAAAAAAAACCUGGUUCCCCCCCCCCCCAAUUUUUCUGUUUUUUCCCCAGGCCUUCCCAUCUCUAGGUGGGACUGCUUGCCUCCAGGGCUCAUCUUGCCCCUUGGGCAUCUAGAGGUGGCCCCAGCUGGAGGUGAGAGAGGAAAACCUUCUCUCUGCUCGCUUCCUGUUUUCGCUGGGGGCUUCCUGUGUUUAUCUCCGAGCUGGACAGCUGGCAUUGGCAUUGAGGGGUGGGGGCUUCAGGGGGCAUCAAGGGAAAUCUGGGAAGUUCUUCUUUUGGAACAGAACAGAUGAGGGCAGCAAUCUAGAGAAUAAUGUAUGUUGCUUGGCAGAGUCAGGUGGGAACUUUUGCAGAGACCCAAUAUCACCGAUCUCUUCACCUCUCUCCUGAGGGUCAUCCCCCUGCAAUGAAGGAUUCUCACCCAAAUCCUGCACAACAGAUGACCACCCAACCUCUGAGUCUGAACCUGCACUGAUUUGUUUUAAUUAAACAACUGGAUUCUAUGUGCAGCUUCUGGCUGGGCUGGACUUGGGAGGCGUGGAGAAAAUCUUCCUGGAGCCCAGAGUCACUCCCUGCAGGAGCAAAAGGAGUUGAAUCCUCCACCUGCCAGCCUGUCUGGCAUCAGCACAAGUGGCCUGAUGGCCGCAGGGAGGGAGCACUUGGUUCUCCUUCAGCAGAGGAUGCUGGGGCAGGAAUACCAGUAUCUGCAGUACCCAAAAUGUUGCUUUGUUUGGCCCAUCCUCAGUUUUGUGUCGCCUUGGCAACAGAGCAUUCAGCACACUUGCAAGGCUGUAUUUAGCCUCGAUCAAUCUCUCGUGCCAGAUACAAGAUAAUUGUGACAGAUGACUUUCCCCCUUUGGAACACGGUCUGCCUCUCCUGGGCUGCCCCUCACUUCCGAGGCCAGGGCUGGGAGCUGAAUUGUCAGGCGGCUUCCCUUGGAAGGGCUUUGGGUCUCUGGAGGCUCCUCCUGUCUCAUCGGGACUGACCUGCCCUCCUCCCUCCUCCUCCCUAGGAUGCUUCAGUACUCCAUUCUCUUGCUGUGGAUGCAACUGGAUUGGGGCCUCUUGCUCAGUCCCAGCGACCCCAACGUGUGCAGCUACUGGGAAAGGUGAGGAACUAGGGAGACUUGGAGGGUUUGUGUGGAAUGCAUCAGGAAGUGGGUGGGAAUGAGACUCACAUGGCAGAGGGAUUGCGCGACUUAGAAUCACAGCCCAAAUGCUGCUGUUGUUAUUAAAAUUUCUAUACUGUCCUUCACCCAAGGCUCACAGGGCAGUUUACGAUAUAUGAUACAGAUAUACGAGAUGUGUGUAUACAGAUACACACACACACAACCUCCCAGAGGAGGCUGGGGAAGUGGGCCACAUACCGAAGGCCCUCCAGGAAGUUUGGGAACUCCCUGUGCACUAGCCCUGCGCUUGUCUAGCAAAACGUGCAUUUCUGAUUUGGCUGCAAACCCCACGGAAGGGACCCAAAUGGUCCUCUAGUCCACCCCCCGGCAAUGCACGAAUCUCAGUUGAAUAAUCCCUGCCCAUGGGACAAAGGUCUCGGGGCUUCUCUUUCAGCCCAGCCACCCCAAGACUGCCCCCCCUCUUCUUGUGGGGCUCUCACUGCAUUUCAAUGCCAUUCAAAUAAAGAUCUGAAAUAAAUCAGAGGUAAGAGGGUGCCUCCCUUUUUUUCUCAGGAGUAGAAAUCUAAACAGAGCAAGUGUUUUGUGGGUGUUUAUUUCACUGUGGUUGGGGAGCGGGAUCCAGCUUGUUUUUGCCUGUGAUCUGGGGAUCUGCUUCCGCUGAGUUCUCGGUGGCCAGCCAAGCCAGGCCAGUGACCCCCAGAGGAUUCCCUUUCUCCUGCCUCCCCUCUCGCAGCUUCACAACCCCCUCCAAGGAGUCCUAUGUGCAGCCGUACUCCCAGGCCUUCGAGGAGCCUUGCGACGGAGCGUGGCCCUUCGCCAAGACCUGCACUCGCCACAAGUAAGAGCCCGGCUCCUCCUUGCAUUUUGCAUUUCUCCAGCAGGGGAAGCGGGGUGGGCAACGCAGAUGCUGGGCGCUGGCCUCAAGGGUUUCCCAGGUGAGCCAGGGGCCUGUCCGCCUGGGAUGCCGCGGGUGGGGAGGGGGCUGUCUUGUGCCGGCUUCAUGCAUGGAGAGGUGGCCAGGCCAGGCCUGCUGUUGCUGAUGCUCCAAUCUGAGGUUCCAGGGCUUAAGCUUGAUGCUUCCUCCUGCUCCUCCAGAGGGCUACUCUGGCCAAGCCCAGCUGCAAGUGGCAGCAGGGAGAUCUUUGCCUUGAGGGCUUCCGCAGCAGGGCUCUUGCCUCUCCCAGUCACCCUUUGGCAAUAUCUCCCCCCCCCCCGGGGGGGCAUCAGGAGUAAGGGAAGGAGAAGGGGGCUGCUGCUGCUCCUCCUCCAUUGCUGCAAAUGCAGUCAGCACCUUCCUUGGACCCUGGCCGCAGCAGCCCACCCUGCAAGGUAGGCCAGGCCCUGACCCUUUGACCUCGCGCAGGGUUUUCUACAAGGCAGCCUAUCGGCAAGGCGUGAAGAUCGACUACAGGAGGCGCCAUCACUGCUGCAAUGGCUACUACGAGAGCGAGGAGCGCUGCGUCCGUGAGUCUGUCUGUCCGUCCAUCCUCAUCCCCAACCGCCACCCGGCCCAGCAACCAACCCAGUUGCCGCGGGAUGUGGGGGGGUCCCCAAAUCAAACUCUGCCUUUGUGCCAUCCCUCCACCUGGCCUGGCAGAAGCCAAAGUGGGGAGGGGGCCAAGCGGCAGGUGGGGGGUUGGCUACGAGUCUUUGAGGCUGGUCCCCUGCAAGGGGUGGUAGGGAGAGGAGGGGAGGGGGCUCUGCUUGCUUUGGCAAGCCACAAAGGGGUGGGGUCUUCGUUUGUGGGCCUCCCUCCCUCCUGCUCCUGACCUCCUGUCUGGCCGUCCAGGUGGGGCCCUUUCCCACGGCUGCCUGAAGCCCCCUCAGUUCCUCCACAAUGUCUGGUCUCCCCCCGCCCUGCUUGACCAGCUCCCUCCUAGCCUCCCUGAAGCUAGGAAGCUUUUCCAGCAGCUGCCUGGAGACCUCAGAGCAGGCAGGAUGUGUCCCUGACCCUGUGCCUCCCCCCCCCCCCCCGCAGCUAGCUGCACCCAGGAGUGCGUCCACGGGAGGUGUGUGGCCCCGAACCAAUGCCAGUGUGCUGACGGCUGGAAGGGCCCCGACUGCUCCAGCGGUGAGUCUCCACGAGGUCUUUUCUUUGCUGCACAGCGAGGGCUGCCUACUUGGGAGUAGCUGGAGCUGCACCUGGGGGAAGUGGGCCUGUUUCUCUCCCCCUGGCCUGUCGCCCCUCUGAAGCGGCAAAGCAUCGUCUCUGAGGGCAUCUCCAGGCCAGCAUUCUUGGUCCUUGAUUUAUGGGGGUUGUGAGUUGCUGCUGCGCCUCGUCCCCACCUGCUGCCCCUCUCAGAAGCUCAGGUGGUCACAGCAAGGCUUGGCCUGCGAUGGAGGAACCAGCUGCACCACCUUUGCCCUUGUGCACAUGCAGAUGGACACACAGAGAACUGCCUCAGCAGCCCCUCUCCUUCCCAUGCGCAUAAAGGGAUGGGAGGCAGGGAUGCCUCUUGGGUGGAGGUUGUGGGGCUCACUGUGAGCCUGGCAGGAGUGGCCAAGUGGGUCCUGUUUUCGCUGCACCAGCCUGAGGCAACAGAGGGGCCUCUUCCUCCAAAGGUCAUGGAGGCAGCCAGUUCCCAGGCGUCCCUCUGGGCCUGGAGUUGAAAGCAGGUCACUGGCUGGGAAACAAGCACUUCAGAGGGAACAGGGGCGGGCGGAGAGCGGGGGCCGCCUGCAAAGGGGGCUGCUCAAGUGUGCAUGUGGGGGGAGGAUUCUGCAGAGCCAGGCAGACAGGGACCGGCCUCAGGGAGGCUGCCACUGCUUUUGCUUCUCUGGGGCGAAACUCCUUUGGGCUUCCUGGGGAAAAGAGAAGGGGCUUUUCAUGGCACGGGUGUGUGUGUGUGUGUGUGUGUGUGUGUGUGUGUGUGUGUGUUGGGAACCUCAACUUCCUCUCCUUGGUGAGGGGAGCCAGCAGCCACCAAGGGCAGUUGUGAACAAGAUGAGGGGUCUGUCAGGCAGCAGCUUUGGGGUGUGACACACUGCUUCCCCCCUCCAACCCCAGAAACCCUCACCCUGCUGUGCUCUGGGUGUUUGAGGAGGGGCCUGCCAAGCUCCUUAUAUAUAGAGAGAGUGUAUCUGAAGAAGUGUGCAUGCACACGAAAGCUCAUACCAAGAACAUCUUACCGUAGUUGGUCUCUAAGGUGCUACUGGAAUUUUUUAAUUUUGUUUCGACUACGCAGACCAACACAGCUACUACCUGUAACUAGUUACAGGUGGGUAGUACAAAAGAAUUUCAGAAAUAAACUGGAAAGAGAAGUUGCUGAAUUGCAACUUCUUACCAAACUUAAAACCAUGGAGAGACCUGGUCUGAAUAGAGACAUUGGAUUCUUCUCUCAUUAUACAUGAUAAAGCUAUUUUUAGCCAUCUCACCCCUUGCUUUUUCCUAUAAGACCAAUUGCAGUCAUUAACAGUCGUCAACAGGUUUACCACACCUAUCAGCCAAUCACCCAUUCCCACCCCCCUUCUGAGUAAUCCCCCUCCCCACCCUCCCACUACAUAUAAGGGACUGGUGACUUCUGUUUCAGUGUAUCAGAAGAAGUGUGCAUGCACACAAAAGCUCACACCAAGAACAAGGUUGGUCUCUAGGGUGCUGCUGGAAGGAAUUUUUUUAUUUUGUUUCAACUACAGCAGACUAACACGGCUACCUACCUGUAACUGAGGCUUUAUUGUAUGUUUUUAGUAUUUUGUUGCAAGGCGCCCAAAGUGACUGGUGCAACGCAGUCAGAUGGGCAGCAUGUAAUUUUUAUUUUUAUUUUAAAUAUUAUUAGAGCCUUGUGUGGGAAGACCCUCCCAACACUCACCCGGCUGGUGGGGGUACCACCAUUUUGUGUGGCUGCCCAGAGUUCUUGGCCAUCCUUUGGUUGGUGCAGUCUGCCCUGAACCCCACUUGCCUUUCCUCAGCCACUCUUCCUUCUUCUUCCUCCUCCUCUUCCUCCUCUCCUCUCCUCCCCCUCCCCCUCCAGGGUGCAACCGCCUGUCCUGGGGGCCAGACUGCCAGCAGCCCUGCGGGUGCCUGAACGGAGGCAGCUGCCACCCCCUGUCUGGGGCCUGCCUUUGCCCGCCGGGCUACAAGGGCCCCUCCUGCGAGGAGCUCUGCCCCCCGGGUACCUACGGCCAGGACUGCCAGAUGGGCUGCCACUGCGAGAAUGGUGCCCAGUGCGACACGGAGACAGGGGCCUGCCUGUGCGCCCCGGGAUUCAGCGGCCCAUAGUGAGUAGCACCUCGGGGAUGCAGGUUGGCAGACAGAAAAGCUGGGGGGGCUGUAGACCUCUGGUGAACUGGGCUGAGAUCCGUUAUGGUCUGGAGCGGGGUUCCAAUCUCUCCUCAGGGCAAAACCUAGAAUGAGUUUCUAGUGCUCCUGAGAGUCGGUGUAAAGGUAAGGCUGAGGGGAAGGGUCCUUGCCAGCUCAGCCUCACCCUUCCUCAUCUCUUGCAGCUGCGAGCAGUCCUGCCAAAACGACACCAGUGGCUUCCAGUGCCUGGCCCUGUGCCCUUGCCAGAAGGGGGGCAUCUGCCACCCCCCUGAGACCAGCAAGUGCGCCUGCCCUCCAGGAUGGAUGGUACGUUUAUGUGGGUGUGAGAGAGAGGAGGGGCCUGGGGCACUUGUGGUUCCAGGCCCUAGGAUGGGGAUGGGGGAAGUGGGCCUGCACUGUCCGUCCAGCCACUGACCUGAGUGCUCACCUGCUCAGGUGCCACCACAGGUGAGGAGAACGCAGGGCUCUGCCUUUUCAGCUGAGUCCCAACCUGAGCGAAGUGGGUUUUUGUGGGAAUGUUCAGGGAUGCAGGAGAGGAUAUAUUGUUCGAUUAUAGCCUUUCCAGCUUGUGUUAACAAGUUCACAAUUUAGCAGAGUAACAUUCCCCCUUUUAAACUCACAGCGGAUGCAUUUGCUGAGGCUGACUAAAGCCUCUAGAAUAACUGUUCUGGUAUUUUCCCCUUAUUACCUCAUAAAAGAUAAGACACGAAAAAGUCUUCUAUAAAAGUAUAAAAAGAGUUUACUCACUCACAUUCUGUUCAUAAUCGGAUCCCAGAAGGCAGACUUAGCUUAGAAAAUUUACAUACACCUGGAAACUAUCUCAUAAGGAGACAGUCCCUUUGUCCUCUCUUGGCUGGAGGCCAAGAGAGCAUCUUUGGCUAAGCAGAUGUUCCUUCUUCAACGCAUGUAGUCAUAGAGAGAGAGAUGGCUGCCCUGCCCUGUGCUUUUGUCGUCACCUGCACAGGUGAGGCCACGCCCACCUCUAGUCACAUGCAGAGGAAGUCUGUCCCAGCCCAGAAGGAAACAGGAAGUUUACCAGCUGGCUGGACAGACAUUCCUCCCCAGGUGUAAACAUGUUCACUCUAGGAAUGUUGUACUUGACUGCUCUUGUGUUUCACAUCCCACAGUUUUGCAGGGGGGUUGGGGGCAGCAUCCAUUGCAACCUACGUGGGGGCUGGGAUUUCCUCCUGCCCCCUUGCUGCAGGGCAGGUGAGGGCCCUGGGCUUUCUGGCCUCACUUCCCCCCAGUUUGUAUAUUACUUCUCUGCUUAGGGUGUGGCAAGAAACGCUCUGCAGCUCCUCUUUCCUCCUCUCCAGCUAUUGCCUCCUUUCAUUGCAGGCCACCUGCCUUCUUUCUCCCCCCCCAUCUCCCCCCUGCAAGAGGGUCCUCAGGGGCCCUUGAACUGUCCCUGCAGGGAGGCUUUUGGGGGUCAGGAAGAGUGCCCUCUUUCUCUGUGCACCCCAUUGAGAGAGUCAUUCCUGCUUCGACAGUCAUGCCCAGGCAUGAUUUCAUUUCAUUUAUUUUAUUAUUACUUUUGCAUCCCGCCUUUCCUCCAAGGGGCUCUCCCUCUCCCCAUUUAACAGCCCCCCACAACAACCCUGUGAGGUAGGUUAGGCUGAGAGGUGGUGACCAACCCAAGGUUAUGCCCAGUGAGCUUCAUGGCUGGGGUGGGGGAACUGAACUCUGGCUUCCCCCCAAUCCCAGUCCAACACGCUAACCACUAGGCCACGCUGGCCAUUAGGUGCCCCCCGGCCUCCACCCAGGCAGGGAGUUGGUUGUUUCUUCUUCUUGUGGACAAGUAGGAUUGAUCCUUGGGGGGCAGGGUUUGCGCUUGGCACCACUGUGAUCGGGGCUCUCUCUCUGCCCCCCCCCCAUGCAGGGCUCCAUCUGCUCCUUCCCGUGCCCCGAAGGGCGCUUUGGCUCCAGCUGCCAAGGGGAGUGCAGGUGCCACAACGGAGGCCUCUGCAACCAGGAGUCUGGGCAGUGCCAGUGUGCACCAGGCUACACGGGGGAGAGGUGAGUAGACUCCACCGGGCAGCAGGGGUGUCCACAUGCUUAAAAAGUGAAGCAGGAAAUGGGGGGGUGGGGUAAAAAAGUCUCAAGACUCAUCAUUUUGGGUACUAGGAAAAGGGCAGCAAAGGAAAUAAUGGCAUCUAUAGAAAACCCACUCACUGUUGACAUUUCACAGCAGAUGAGGGUAGAACAAGCAAAAUCUCUUCAAGAGGUGAGUGAAAUUAAAAAUGAAAUUAAAAAUGAUAUGGACGGUUUGGAUUUUUAAAAUGACAAAAAAAAAUUGGCAAGACCAGAAGGAACAGUUCAUUGGGAGGCGUUCGGCUGACCUAGCAUGUUGCUAGGAUAGAAGAAAGGAUUCUUCUGUUGUCUGGAGAAAUAAGGUAACUAAAUGAUAGUGGAGACUUUGGAAAAGUGGAGUAAUACACAGAGAGAGGGAAAUAUAUUUGGAUAAUUUGGCAUUAAAGGAGCUGAGAGAAAAGAGUUCUACCUAAAAUUCAGGAGGGUGAAGACAUUGGGGACAAAGUGAUUAAUUGCCUUGCAUCCUUUUUGAGGGGAAGUGGUUUUUUGUUUUUUUAUAAAAUAUUUAUUAAAGUUUAAACAUUACAAAAAAGAAAAUAAAAACAAGAGAGAAAUAUACAAAACAUCAACAAUACCAAAAGAAGAAAAGAAAGAAAACAAAAACAUUAGAAAAAAACCCAAAAGAGAACAAACAAACAUACAAAAGACCCCCAUAUUUUCAUAUCCUUAUCUUUCAUUAGCUUAUUUCCUUGACUUCCUCACACCUCCUUUUUUGUAUUCUAGUUCAAUUAAAUAUUCUAGCAAGUCCUUUCCCUCUUUCACAAAUUUAGUUCCAUAAUUUAAUUUAACGAAAUUUUAAACUUAAAUUUACAUCUUUACCCAAUGUCAAGCUAUUCAUACUUAAUUCUUUAUAAUAUUUCUACUAAAGUCAUAUAACUUCUUUCCAGCAUCUUUCUAAGAUUCAUUAAUUUUAGAAUAUUUCUGUAAAUAAGCUUUAAAUUUUUUCCAAUCUUCUUCCACUGACGCUUCUCCCUGGUCUCAGAUUCUGCCAGUCAUUUCCGCCAAUUCCAUGUAAUCCAUCAGCUUCAUCUGCCAUUCUUCCCUGGUAGGUAGGUCUUGUGUCUUCCAGUGCUUUGCGAUGAGUAUUCUUGCUGCUGUUGUAGCAUACAUGAAAAAAACUCUAUCCUUCUUUGGCACCAAUUGGCCCACCAUGCCCAGGAGAAAGGCCUCUGGUUUCUUAAGAAGGUAUAUUUAAAUACCUUUUUCAUUUCAUUAUAGAUCAUCUCCCAGAAUGCCUUAAUCUUUGGGCAUGUCCACCAAAGGUGAAAGAAAGUGCCUUCAGUUUCAUUGCAUUUCCAACAUUUAUUAUCGGGCAAAUGAUAGAUUUUUGCAAGCUUGACUGGUGUUAUGUACCACCUGUAAAUCAUUUUCAUUAAAUUCUCUUUUAAGGCAUUACAUGCCGUAAACUUCAUACCAGUGGUCCAUAACUGUUCCCAGUCAGCCAUCAUAAUGUUAUGUCCAACAUCCUGUGCCCAUUUAAUCAUAGCAGAUUUCACCAUUUCAUCCUGAGUAUUCCAUUUCAGUAGCAAGUUAUACAUUCUUGACAAAUUCUUAACUUUAGGGUCUAACAAUUCUGUUUCCAACUUUGAUUUUUCCACUUGAAAACCUAAUUUUUUGUCCUGCUUGUAUGCCUCCAUUAUUUGUUAAUAAUGGAGCCAAUCUCACACUCUGUUUUUUAAUUUUUCAAAGCUCUGUAAUUUUAAUCUGUCACCCUCUUGUUCCAAAAUUUCCCAAUACUUCGGCCAUUUGGCCUCCAUAUUGAGUUUUUUCUGAGCCUUUGCCUCCAUAGGUGACAGCCAUCUUGGGGUCUUUUUGAGCGGAAGUGGAUGAAAUAAACAAAACCUACAGAAUUAAUACACGUUCUACAAAAUUAGCAACAGACUUUAUGGAGAAAUUCAAAUGGGAAAUGGAAGAAAUGCUAACGGAUGAGACUGAAGACAUGGAAUUGGGAGCUGUAGGUUAACAAUGAAAUGAAGCCAGAACUUUUCCUUCUAGGAGUAAUGGAUAUAUAAUUAGAAGGACCAUGGAACAUUAUUUCAAUAUAUGACCACAGCAGCGAGACUUUUAUUUGCACAAAGAUAGAAAGAUUCAUCAUUACCUACCAUGGAGGAAUGGUUGCUAAAAUGAUUGGACUUAGCUGAGAUGUCAAAGCUGAUGUGUUUAAUUAGAGAAAAAUAAUUGUUGGUAUUUACUAAAGACUGGAAAUCCCUUUUGGACUUUUUGCAUGAAAAAGGAAAGGAACUUAUGAUAUCUGGAUCUGAGAAUUGAAGAAAAUAUUGGUUUUUAGAAAGCGGAAUAGUUGGGUAUUACCUUGGAGUGGAUGUUUUGAAUAACUUUCUAUAUAUAGCAGAAAAACAAAGAAUCAGAAGUUUUCCUUUUAUUCUUUUCCCUUUUUUUCUCCCCCCCCCCUUUUCUGUUCCUCUUUUUGGCUUGUGUUUUUAUUUUAUUUCAUCUUUGGGAUUCUAAAAAGAUAUUGGAUAUUAGCUUUUGUAUAUCUUUUUUUGACUUUAAUAAAACCUAUGGCAAAUAAAAAAAAGAAAUGAUGAUGGGAAGACGAGGGAUACCUAAGUAUUGGGAUACCUGUAUUGGCCUCACAAGGGUCCCCGGCAGGUGGGGAGCUUGUGCCCCUGGUGGCCCAGCAGCCGCCUUCCUGGAGUCCCAGGGCUGCUGGGCAGGCUGGCCCCACGGGGCCCCUUCUCCUUCUGCCCCAGCCCCUCCUUCUCCCUGCUGUGCGGCUCAACAGCUGCAGCCCCAGUUGGGGAGUAUUUGUGGAGGAAGCCAGUUGGGCCCCCCCUUGGCGAGUGGAUCUUUCCCCCGGUGAGAAAAGGAUGCAGCCUGGAGGGGAAGGAAACACUGCUCUCUGCCAGCUUUUUAAUGCAGACAAUGGAGGAGAAAAAUUAAGCCCCUGAUGGUUUUCCCAUCUAAGUCAGAGGAAGGAGAGGAGGCCAGGGGAUGCAGGGGGCUUCAGGCACACCUGGGGGGCAUUUGUAGCACCCCCAUGGAGCCUGCCUUAGCCCCAUUCAUGGCAAAAGAGGCUGAGCUGAGGGGCUGGAGGGGGCAAAGCUCCUUUCUCCUGGGCACCUCGCUGCACCAGUUCUCUCUCAUCAGCUCUGCCAGCCACAAGGCUUGCCCCUCCCUGCCCCCCCAUGAGUUUUUCCUUCAUAGAGAAAAAUAAUCCCUCAGACUUUAAAAGCAGCCACGGGGAUGGUGUUAAAUUCAGAAUCUGUUGCCAGCUGUCAUUGGUGUUUCAUAAAACCGCAUACUGAAGAACGAUGUCCUUUCUUAAAUGGAUCUUGAUCAGCUCUACAUCCUUCUGCGCCCCACCCCUUGUUUGGGGGGGUGUCUGUGCAGAGUAGCUUACAGCUAGGAAGCUAAAUAACUCUUCUGGGUGAUUGAUAAAGACCAUAGAAUAUCCAGACUCUUUAUAGUCAAAUAACUUUCCUUUCAUAAACAUAUAACUGAGAACAUACCUACAAUCUCAUGCUUAUUCACUUUGUUCCUGCACAGGAUUCUCCCUAUUAACAUUUCGGGAUCUUCCUCUUUCUGCGUCACUUCAGGCAGAUCAUGCUGACAGGCACUCAGGAUCCUGAAGAAACCUCCCUCUCUCUCAGCCAUUGUCCCUCACUCACACAGAGAGAAGAGCAGAAAAAGCAGUUUAAAAAAUGACAGUUUCUGGAAUAACAGUCACAACGGAAUGGAAUGCCUUUCCCAUGUGACUCACAGUCAGCCAAUCACACGAGAGAGCUACAGCCAAAGGGAAAAAAUACCAUACUGAAAAUACACAGCAAAUCCACCUAAGCAAACAUUCCCAUUUCAGGAAAUUAAAUCGUUAUCCAUAACAACCGUGGUCUCUUUCUCCCCACGCUCUCAGGUGCCGCGAGAAGUGCCCCAUCGGCCGCUACGGGCAGGACUGCGGGCAGGAGUGCGACUGCGCCAACGGCGGGCGCUGCUUCCACAUCAACGGAGCCUGCCUCUGUGAAGCCGGCUUCCUGGGCAGCCGCUGCGAGGAGCGAAAGUGCCUGCCAGGUCUCCACGGCCUCUCCUGCCACCUGCCCUGCCUCUGCCACCCGCACCACACACAGAGGUAGGCGGGCAGGUGCCCCUCUUUCUCCUUUUGGUCACCUGCAAACCUGAAGCCUAGAAUGAGACUUCCAGGUGGAAAAGAAGCUCUGGAAACUCCCCUUGCCCUCCCUGCCCUCUUUAUUUGUACAGAGGCUGCCUGGAUCUCUCUUGGCCCAGCCCUCCUUCAAGAGCAAGGUCCCACCUGAGUCCUCCUGCUCUGCCCCCUGGCAGGGGCGUCCCUGCGGGAGACGGGCUUCUCCACUGAUCUGUUCCCAUUUGGCAGAUGGGGAAAAUUUGCCUUUUGCACCCCCUGCCCCCCACAAAGCCCUUCUUCUCUGGGCCUCCCCCCUCCCCCCGGCCUCCAGGCUCAGAGAAGCUAGAAGCUGUCGAGGGAAGAUGUCCGGGAGCAGCCAUCAUCUCCCUGUUUGCCCCCCCCCCCCCAGCUGCCACCCACUCUCGGGAGAAUGCACCUGCAAGCCGGGCUGGGCAGGACUCUUCUGCAACGAGACCUGCCCCCCUGGGCACCACGGCUUUGGCUGCCAGGAGCCCUGUUUGUGCCUGAACGGAGGGACCUGCGAUGGCGAGACGGGGCUCUGCGCUUGCCCGCCAGGCUACAUGGUGAGUCCCCCUCGGAGGUCCCUGGGCUUCCGUCCUAGGCAGACGGCUAGAUCUAGCAUGGGCAGGAAAGGGUUGUGCCCCACUGGCAAGCAGAGCCUGGAUCGUGUAUUUGAAGGGGAGGGUGUGACAAAUUGGAACUGCAAGUAAAAUCGCUCUCCUAACCCACAGCCUGAUGGCCACUCUGAAGGUCCUGUGGGCUUGCAUUGCCAGGUGGGGCAGGCAGGAAACAGAUUGGGGGGGGGGGUCUCAAAAAUUUUAAAGGGCCAUUUUCAGGAGAGAAAAACUUGGGCAUCCUGAUAGGGGGUCUCACCCCUGGUUCUGUGCUGGAAUAUUUUCCUCCCCUUGACGCCAGUGUUAAAGGAAAACUCCUGGCUCACUUGGAUUUGCCAGACAAAGACACCAGCUAAGAGUACUGGAGCAAAACAGCAGUCUGUAGGCCUGAUUUUUAUUCAAGGAACUGUUGCAACAGGACUUCCAACUACCACAUGGAAGAAGCAGAAAGAAGCCCUGCACAAAGGAUGGCUCGCUGUUUUAUAAGUUUCCCCUUUUACCCACAACACCCUGAGUUGAAACAUCACACAUACAUCAUAUACACAGCUAUGUCAUAAUCUGGGAGGGGUCUUCUGGCAGAAACCUGAGCAUCAGGUUUGCCCCCAUCCCUCCCUUGACCUCCACCUCACACCCAUUAAGUAAAACAAAAGGUGAGUAUGUACAUGUUCCUGUUCUCCCGGUCAAGAUAAGCACACCCCUGGAUCUAACCCUAACCCUAACCCUAAUAAACUGAAGUUGGGUUUCUAUUGUUUCUGGAAUGGCUACCUGUGUCUGGCACUCAGAGGCCAGGAUGCCAGCGAUUGUCACCCUGGCAAGGAAGCUGCUGAGUACCAUGGUCUCAGGCUUGAGGGAUUAUGGCUGCUGACAUCCCAGACUCCCCUCUUGGUAGCCAUUUCCUUCCUGAACAGAACGAAGUUGGAAUGGUGCAAAUCCCAUACUGACUUUCUAAAAUUUUCCCAUUGAGCCAAUACUUAGAUACAUUUAUCAGUGAACUGUUGCAUUUUGUAAUGUGCAGUGGAGGCCCUUUGAAUAGAGAUAGGAAGAAACUGUGUGAUGAAGUGUUUUGAGGGAACAUUUGCAGGAGUGAUUGUGUUGAGUUUGGUAGUUGGGGGGUAUGAUGUCUGCUGGAGGGGCAAGCCCCCCAACCUUUCCAUAAAUUCAGGUAACACCAGAAAGGAAAGGGGUGCAUUGGGGGGAUUGUCCCCCCAGCUGUGCGUGGCCCCUCCUUCCCCUCACGCCCAUCUUGUGCCCUCAGGGUGCCCACUGCUCCAGCCACUGCCCUCCUGAGACCUUUGGGGUCAACUGCUCCCUGCCUUGCACCUGCCACAACGCCCUCGCCUGCUCUCCCAUUGACGGGACCUGUGUCUGCAAGGAAGGUAGGAAAGGUGGUGGGGAGACAUGGGGUGUGGGGAGGCAGCAGGUUACGGGAACCUGCCUUUAGGGGUACCUUGAGGUCAUCUGGAGUUAUUUCCCUUGGCCAGGCUUGGCAUGCUCUGCUAGUGCAAAGCAUAAGGAGGGGGCAGAAAAUCCAAGGUCCAUUUCUGUGUGUACCUCUGUUCUCCCUCUCUCCCCCUCCCUGCCUUGGGCACCUUGUUUUCUGCCAAUUUUGCCUCCCCAGGUUGGCAAGGCACAGACUGCUCCCUCCCCUGCCCCGCAGGCACCUGGGGCUCUGCUUGCAACGAGACCUGCCGCUGCGCCAACGGAGCUUCCUGCAGCCCGGUCAGUGGGGCAUGCGCAUGUGCGGCAGGCUGGCAUGGCCGCCAGUGUGAGGAGCCCUGCCCGGUAGGUAGCCCUUGGGGAAGGGAGGGGAAGGAGCAGGGUUAAGCUGCCACCAAUAUAUAAACAGAUUCCUUUGGGGGGCUGCUGUGGCUGUCCCGGGAGAGGCACUGAGCGGGGGGCUUUCUCCACUUCCUUUUCCAGGUCCCCCCACUGCACCAUGUGGGCAGUUUCCCCCUCUCCUCUUUACAUGGCUCAACUCGGGGCAUGGGAGCUGGGCAUCACCCUGCUUCUGGCAAAUGGAUUGUAGUGGGGUGGGCAAUUGCCCCUGUCUGUUGCCAAAGCUGAGGCUGCCAGCUCCUUGUGUGCCCAGUCUGGGUGAUCCAGGAUCUGCCUGACAGGAACAGAGCUUCUCAAAGGGCUGCUUUCUGACCCGUAUCACUGCAGAGCUGGGGUGCCCCCUGGGCACACCUGUGGAGCGGCCUCCUGCCUUGGCACCUGGGCACCUGGAAGAGGGCUAUGCCUCUUGUGCAUGAGACAUCUUGCCUGACGAGUGGGGGAGCGGGGACUUGCCAGAGUUGUGCAGGGGAUGGUGGCGGGACAGUCCCUCCUUUCCAAAUCCAGGGGUGGCUGGCGAAGAGGGAUAGAACCACUAGUGGGGAGAUUUCUCUUGUGCCUUCCUGUCCACUGCACGGCUGAGCAAGCCCCCUUCUCUCUCCCUCCUUCCCCCAGGAAGGCUUCUACGGCCUCAGCUGCAGCAGCAGGUGCUCCUGCCAGAACGCAGAACGCUGUGAUCCUGUUCUGGGGCAAUGCCACUGCCUACCUGGGUGGACAGGUGAGCAGGGGCGGGGCUCAAUCUCCCACCUGCCGUGGGUCCUGGGCUGGAGAGGGUUAGGGGUUGUCAGGCAAGGCUGGGGUUCCAGCCACCUGUGAGUGGCCUAAGGGCAAGGCAGGCCUGCUGGAGGAACCCUUCCUUCUUUCAGGGUGAUCUGAAAGUGGGGCAUGUUGACAUCAGUCCCUUGUCAGGGAAAGAUCACUUCCUGUUGAGAUGGAGGCUUUCUUCACCUUUUCACCUUUGCAGAGGUGCGGGGGGCACAGACCCCUAUGAGGAUGGGCCACCCUUGGAGGCUGAUGGAUCCAAUGGGUUUCCAGACAGCUCAGGGGGGUUUUCCAGCUGAUACGACUGGCGCUCCUGUUGAAGCCCUGGCCAAAAUGUGGACUAUCCUGAUAGGCGGCUCAAAUGCUAGUGGAGGGAAAGUCUGGUGAAAUGCAACUGAACCUGGUGAGGGAGCCUCCCGAGUGGCAAUGAGAGCAGCAAAGGCCUGCUCACUCUGCUGUCCUGCAGAGCUUUUCUUACAGUCUGGCCUGACAAAGGUGGCAGAGUCUGCAGGAUCUCACUGUGACUUGUUUGCGAAGCAUUUUCAGUGUAAAAUCUCUUGGAUCCACCAGAAUCUUGACUCUGCUGUUAAAGCAGAUGAACCUCAUGGGGUGUCCAGAGCACAGUCUAGCCCUGUGGUGAUGGAUGAGUUUCAGUUAGUAAGAAUGUAGAGAAGGUACUUGGAGAAGGUGCUUUGGAAACUUCAGCUGGUGCAGACGUUGGUGGUCAGGCUAAACUACCCUGUAGCUGAAGGGCAGUAUAGAAAUUCAAUAAAAUCAUAAAUAUAUACAUUUCCCCGCAAACUUUGCUUGCUAAACCAUGACUUGCCUUGCAUUUCCUUCAGUGCCUCAAAAAAGCAAUUGUCCUAAGGCCAUGUGAUGAUGAUGAUGAUUGUAAUUAAUAAUACUAAUAAUAGCCUAAAGGUCUGUCACAGGAAGAUGAAACAAUCUUGUUUUCUGCUGCUCCAGAGGGGAGGACCUGAACCAAUGGAUUCAAAAUGCUAGACAGGAGUUUCCAACUAAAUAUUAGGAAUUACCUUUAGUUCACCACUGACAGAAGAUCAUUAUGUGGUGACUGAUACAGGUAAUCUGACUAUUAAUCUCAGUCUGGAGAUCAGAGUAAUCAUGGAGAACCUCAAAUGUUUUGAUGAAGGCUGUUUUCUGCUGUCUGCACCUGGGGGCUUGGGCAAGGGCUAAAAGAUCUGGCAAGCUGAAGAGCAUCCAGCGCCAUGUAAGCACCCUUCGUGGGUAGAAAGAUUGGCAUCCUCUCUUAAUAAAUUGUGGGACAAGAAAAAUGGCAAAUUGGAGAUUUAUCUGUCUGCUGGUGAAAAUCUACAAUCGGAAAACUGGUAAUAGCCGUUUUCUGUCUCUACAAAGAAGGGGAAACGGGCUGUUAAAGUGUCUAAGGCAGAGUGAAAAGCCUGAUUUUUUUGGGGGGGGGGAGUUGGGCUAGAUGAUCCUGGAUGUCCCACCCAACUCUACAAUUCUGAUUGUAGUCUAAGGCUAUGAUGAUUCUGUGAGCAAUCCAUGCCUCUAGGAUUCCCUCCCUGCUGUCAGCCACUCGCAGGUGGUGCUGAGCUGCUUCCUGCUCCUUUGUUCCCCAGGCCCCAAUUGCAGCCAGGAGUGCGCAGACGGCCUGUGGGGGCCCAACUGCAGCCAGCUAUGUCUCUGCAAGAACGGGGCCACCUGCUCCCCCAGGGAUGGGAGCUGCAACUGCCCCCCAGGCUUCCGGGGUGCCACCUGCCAGCGCCGUAAGUAAGCUAGCCAGCCUACCAAGAGAGCCAGCCCAGAUGGGCUGAGUCUCGGUGGGCUCAGUGGUGGCCCUGGCUGCCAGGGCAGACUGCCCUCCCCACGGGGACAGGCGGUGGGAAGCCCAAGAAGUCUGCUGCUCUGGCACUGAGCUCCCUCUCUCCCCCCCCAGCCUGUCAGCCAGGGCGUUACGGCAAGAAAUGCUCUGUGCCCUGCAAGUGUGCCAACCACUCCAUCUGCCACCCAGUGGACGGUUUGUGUGAUUGCCCUCUUGGCUGGACAGGCAGUGACUGCUCCGAACGUGAGUUAUCCACUUGUUGGAAGGAGACAAUGCGGAGAGGAGGGGGAGAAACCUUGGCACACGGCCAGUCCUGGGCACAACCCUCUUGCUGGCUGCUGUGCCCCAAGGGAGGGUGGCUGUGCUACCUGGCUGUGGAGGAGGAGGAGGACCCACCUGGCCUGUGUAGCUGGGCUCUGCCUACAUUUCAAAUGAAGGGCGACCCACCCGCCGCCUCUGUGCCUGCUCUGCUUUCUCCACAGGCUGCCCUGCAGGGUUCUUUGGGGCCAGCUGCACCCAGCGGUGCCAGUGUAGGUGGGAGGCCCCCUGCGAGCCAGACUCCGGGAGGUGCUUGUGCCCCUCUGGCUAUACUGGAGCCCACUGUGAGACCCGUAAGUACGAAGAGGCCCCCGCUUCCCUCUCUCCGCUCCCAUGAGUGAAAGGGGCUCUCACCUGCGAGGAGGAGGAGGAGGCUUCAGCUGUGAUUCCUGCAUUACAGGGUGGGAGGUUUGGACUGGAUGAGCCUUGGAGAACCCUUCCAAUGCUAAAACUGUGGUUUGAGGAGCAGGAGGAGGAGGAAGGGGGUGGCAGGUCAAAGUGCCCCUUGGGCAUCCACCACAAUAGACUUUUGUGAGCAGAGACAGGUGCGGAGAAACUGAAAUGGCUCUGCUCAGGUGGGGAGGUGAGAAGAUCUCCUCCUGUCUGCCAGUCUCUAAAUGGUGGAGGGUAGGUGGUCCCCUCUGAACCCAGGAGGAGAGAAGCUCUUGGAGGGGGGAGCUUGUCCACCCUCUUCAAGAGAUGGGGGUCCCCAUUUCUGGCAAGAAGGUGCAACUCUGCUGCCUCCCUGUGCAGGUACACUCGACCCGCCCCCCCUGACCAUGGUUCCUGCCAUUCCUGCUGGCAACCCCUCCCUGGGGGCCGUGAUGGGCAUCGUCACCCUGGCUGUCCUGCUGGUGGGCAUGCUGGCGGCCUUCCUCUUUUACCGGCACUGGCAGAAGGACAAGGAGCAUCGCCACAUGGCUGUGGCCUACACCACAGCGAGGAUGGAUGCCUCAGAGUACGCCGUGCCAGGUGAGGAAUGCCCCGCCUGGCUCUCUCUUCACGCCACCCUCACAAAGCAAGACUCAAGUCUUGCAGAAUGUUCUGACAGUAAGAACGGACUCCCCUGGAAGGUGAAGAGGUCUCCUUCCUUGGAGGUUUUUAAGCAGAGGUUGGGCAGUCACCUGCCAGCAUGGCCACCCUAUAGUUUCGUAGAGGGUUGGACUAGAUGACACUUGGGAUCCCUUCCAACUCUGCUAUUCUGUGAUUCAGCUCUACAAUAUCUAUGAAAUUGGGCUGGGGCGGGAUGGUGAGGGCGGUGAAUUUCCAGAGAAUGGGGGGCUUUUGUACUGACCUGUCUCCGUCUGCCUUUCUGCCUAGACGUCCCUCCCAGCUGCACCCACUACUACUCCAACCCCAGCUACCACACCCUGUCGCCCUGCUGCCCCAGCCUCCCCUGCCCCAGCCCCCCUGAGCAGCCUGGCCCCAGCAAGGUAAGGAUCUCUCCGGGGAGUGCAGCUGUGGCCUUGGGCCUUUCACCUGGCGAGGGCGUUUGGGCAUUCAUUAUGCAGUAGGCCCACAACUUACAUGGGGGCUACAUUCUGGGGGUUUGUGCACAAAGGCAAGACCCCUGGAAGGGACAGGAGGCCUUGGUGAGAUCUCAGGCGGCCCAUUUCAACUGCUCUCUCCCCACUUGGCAUUCAUUCAUUUAUUCCUGGACCACUGACACAAAGCUGCCAUUUCGUUAAGUUGCGGGUCUACUGUAAUUUACAGCAUAGGAUUACAAAAUUGCCAGGAAGUUGGAAAAUAAAGAAACGCAUGUCUAAAGGGACAUUUCCUCUCCCAUUUCUGAGAGGUGCUCAGGGAUUGGGCUCUUUGCUGCAGGAGGCAGAACUUCCAAAGUGGUGGCAGCGUCACUUUCCUCCUUUUUUACUGCACAAAAAGUCCGCUCACCAGUCUGGGCACCUGUGUGCAAACCAAAACCCAAGUAGCUGUAAUGUCUGGCUUCUUCUGAUUUGCACCCCUGGAGGGGGCCAGCUAUGGUGCCAAGUGCGGCUUCUGGAGGGUACAAUCUUGGUCACUUGCAAACCGCAGCUGGCAUUAGACAUGUUGCUGAGCCCCACUUGGCUGUGGUCAGUAAUAAAGACAGACACUUUCCGGGAGACGUGCCUGGAGCACAGAGGCCACGUGCUUAAACAUGGACCCGGAAAGGGAGCCCCAAAACAAGCCCCACCCCAAGGCAGGAAUUUCAUCUGCCAGGCCCUUGCCCAUUCCACCCCUAGCCUUCGCAGAUGUCUUGGAUAAAGAAUCUUAAUUGUUGGAGAGAAACUUUUGUUUGAGUUAGGGUCCCACGCGGUCUGGCGCCAGGGUGACUGCCUGUCUUCUUCCCCCUCCCCAGCUGAUCAGCAGCACAAAGAGCCUGGAGCGAGACUGGCCGGGAGUGUGUGGGGCCGACUGCAACGCCACGCUGCCCGCUGACUGGAAGCACCACAGGGCCACUCCAGCGGAGCCAGGUAAGGCUGUGGCAUCUCCCUCCUCCUCCACCACGAGCCCUGGGCUGAGGCAAAGAGACCCAUCUGUGCCCGUCACUCAGGAACACGGCCACUUUUUCACAGAGUGCCCUUGUCCCUGUUGCCGCUCCUGUAGAGACCCUUCCCCAAAGGGCAGCCACCCCAGCACACAUUUCUCCCUAACGGGUUUGGCCUUUCCUGCAAACCUGGAGGCCUCCCUGGAAAUGGGGGAGCAAGGAAUGCUCCAGAACCACCUUCAGCAACUUGAUGGACCCCACAUGGCAGCAGGUGUCGCUGUGAGGCUUCACAUGAGUCUGUUUCCACCAUCAGCUGGUCAGGGUGUCCUCUCCUCCACAUGUGCUGUGCCAGGUCUGAACCCCACUGAUAGGUUCUGGGGCUCAGACCCAGUGAGCUUCACCCAAGAGAAUCCCUCCCCCUCCUGGACUCCGUUUCCUUUUCUGCAGGAGGCCCCCAGAUGGACCGCAGCUACAGCUACACUAACGGACUUGGAAGGUAUUACAGCACAGGUAAGAGCAUUGGCUGCCUGUGGAGGGCACAGCAUAGCCAUCCUGGCGAGUAGCCAUUGAUAGGCCUCUCCUCCCCCACGAAUUUGUUUUCUCCUCCAUCCAGGUUGGUGGUCCUCACCUCCUCCUGUGGGAGGGAGUUCCACUGAUUAACUAUGCCCAGCAUGAGGAAACUCCUAUCUGUCCUGAAUCCUCCAAAAAUCGGCUUCCUUGGGACGUCCAAAGGUUCUGGUGUUAUGAGAGAGAAAAACUUUUCUCUGCCCACUUUGCCUCACCAUGCAUCAUUUUAUGCUCUCCAAUCAUCUCUCCUCCUCCUCCUUUCUCUAAAGUGAAAAGCCCCAAAUGCUGCAACCUUCCUUCACAGGGGGGUCGCUCCAACCCUGGAUCGUUCUGGUGGGCCCUUUCUGGCCUCACUUCUGCCUGGUGCCACCAAGUCCAGGGCGGGGUCUGCGGCUGCCCUUCAGGGGGCCCGUGAUACUGCUCAAAGCCCCUCCCUGACCCCUCAGCCCUCCUCCCCUUCCAGGCUAUGCCAAGGAGGAGACCUUGUACCGACGGAGCGACAGUUCCCUGAGCAGCGAGAACCCCUAUGCCACCAUCAAGGACCUGCCCGUCCUCACAGGGAAGCCCUCGGAGGGAAGCUACAUGGAGAUGAAGUCCCCCGUCAAGCGCGAGAUGUCCUACGCCGAGAUCGGCCUCUUUGAGGAGGCUGCCCAGAGCCUGCAGGAGGAGGAGGAGGAGGAGGCAGGAGGUAUUGGGGGGGGUUUUAUGGCUCUCAUUUCCCUUCUUGGUGGCAAGGGAUGCAGCUGAGUGCCAGGCAGAGAGGGACUCCCUGCCUGGACUCCUGGAGAGCUGCGGCUGCCAGUCAGUGUAGACGAGCCUGAGAUGGGCUGUUGGUCUGGUUCAGCAGAUGGCAGCUUCCUCCGUUCCUCAACAUUUCCAUUUUUGCAACUGGGCUGAGGUUCCCCGUGCCCUCACUUUGCGCCCUCCUCUGUGUCCCGUGGAAACGCUGACCUCCUUCUCCCUCUUCCUCUUCCCAUUCCAGGCAGCUGCUCGGCUGGCGCAGGAGGCAUCUCUGCACACGCAGCCUCCACCCUUCCCCCCAACCACUACGACUCCCCCAAGAACAGCCACAUCCCUGCCCACUACGACGUGCCCCCCGUCAGGCACUACCCGCCAUCGCCCCCCCUCCGCAGGCAGGACCGGUGAGGAGGGCCAGAGCCCCCUGCCCCCCCCGCCUUCUCAGGGAAGGACUGAGUUCCAAUUGGCUCAGCAGCAGCAGCAGGACCUUCAUCCCUCCGGGCACCAGGCUUCUUUGCAGCUGCCAUGGGGGCAGGACGUGGCGGAUCUGGGCCCCAGCGCCACUAGAGGAACCACUUUGCCCAGUCUCCUGGGCUGGCAUUUUGACUAGCUGGGAUCAUUUCCCAAGGCAGCCACCAGCAGAGGCACAGCAUCAAGGGGACGGCUGCUUGGCUCCUUUCCAGCGCUUCUUGGGUGGGGGCAGAUGUCUCUGUCUCUUCCCUGCCCCCAACUUCAACAGAGACUAGCCACUUCUUCAGUCCCAUGAAAGAAAGCAAAGUGGGGCAGGGGGAAAGCACCUUAUAGGCCAACAGGGGGUUGCACCAUGUACAGAGAUCACCUUCAUUAGAAUCAUAGAACUAUAGAGUUGGAAGGGACCCCAGGGGGUCAUCUAGUCCAACCCCUGCAAUGCAAGAAUCUCAACUAGAGCAUUCCGGCCAGGUGGCCAUCCAACCUCUGCUUUAAAACCUCCAAGGACGGAGAGCCGCCACUUUCUGAGGGAGUCCGUUCCACUGUCAAACAGCUCUUACCAUUAGAAAGUUCAUCUCAGUGAACUCCUAUGUUCAAAGGAAUUGUCUCCCCCCCCCCCCUGCAUUUUAUAGCAGCCCCCUUCUUGAGGCCUGCUGCGUGUUUGCACUGUCUUUCGCUCUGGAUUACAAGGUGCAACAAGGACGACCCUUUAUUUCAAGAAUCCCUUUCCCCAACCACAGCUUGCAAUCUGCCUUCCCAAAACUGUCUCCUGGAAGGUCCAAACAGGCAGUUUCAGUCUUGCUUAUUUUGCAGCAGGAAAAGGCUUAACUGAGGAUGAGCCAGCAGAACUCAGAAGCCUGACUUCCUUGCAGGAGUCUGUAAAUCCAUGUACAAAGGGGUCACAUACACUCUGUAAGCCAAGUUUUGCGCUGUCAGAAACUCUUGAAAAGUCUUCAAAGAUCAAUGCGCCAGGGAAACAGGGCACCUUUUCCAGUCAAAAGCCCACAUUCCUUUAUGAACCUUAGAGGCACCACAUGAGCACAGUGGGGAUGCCCAGAGCUGGAGCAGAUGCACUUAUAUCACACACGUGUUUUUGUGUGUGUCCGUGUGAGGGAAAAAUCUUCAUGGAGCCAGCAGCUGAUGCAGAGGAAUAACCCCUCUCACCGCAGCGACACUCUCUUGACACACACCGCUGCAGUUGGGCUAAUUAUAAAAACCACCUGGUCCCAUUAGAAACUUAAUUCCUAUGGGAGGGAGGUUGGUUUCAGUUCUUCAUGCUGGAAGCAAGUUUUAGCAGAGCUGCCUCUUGCAAUGCUGAUAAAAGAGGCGCCCAUUGGGCUCACCUGGACAUCUCUACAGGAAAACAAACUGGUUUAUUCAGAGUUCAAAGGCUUGCACUUCACUUUGUGGAAGCAGCCGAUCACAUCCAGCAAUAACAAAAGCACCUUUGCAGUAAUGGGGGAGAGGAGGAGCAGCUCAUGCAGCCCACCCACCCACCCACAGCCAGCUCCAGAGAUGGGGCUCUUAUGAUUAUACCCUACUUUUCUUCCAGCACAGAAUCCAAAGCAGCACAAAUGGUUGCAUGGAGAGAGGAUCCCCCCCUCCAGGGAGUGACCUCACCUGAACCCCUUAGUUUCAGCAAAAUACUGACCCCCCAGUGCUUCUAGUCCACAUCUGGGGAGGCCAGUGAAACUGCAGGAUCUCGUCUGUGACAAGGAGCAGGCAUUAGGACUGAAGUGGCCACUUGGUCUGAAGAGAUCCUUGCAACAGCUGGGAAAGUGCAGUGGGGAGGAGGCCCCAGCUGCCGGGCCAGAAUCUGGGACUUUGCAAAGUAAGGCCACACUGGAUGGGAGACUUCCUAGGAAGCCUCUCUCAAGGCAGUUAGUUACUCUUCUAUUUAUUAAAAAAAAAGUAUGCCAGUCUGGGUGCCAUUCUGGAAGAGAGGUGAGAUAUAAAGGAAAGAAGGUAACUCCUCUGGAGUGGCUGUGGGGAUGAACACAUUUGUGGCCCCUCAUCCCCAACACACCCAGAGUCAGGAAUGGGCUGUGGGAGAGUCUGCUCGUCCUUCGACCUUCCCAAAGCCAGGGAGCUCUUCAGCCAGUCCAUUUGGCCUUCAGCUUCCUUCACAGGCGCUGGCUGCACCUUUUAGCCCCACGGCCCAGGAGUUCACUUGUGCACCAGUCCCACAAAGGAGCGUGAAAUCCCUGGGCAAGGCUGCCACAGGGAGCCUAAGUGGAUCUCUGGCUCCUGGACCGCUGAGGAGAGCCAGUUUGCCCCCAGCAGAAGGAUGGCAAAUGCUCCCCACGAAGCCACAGCCCACAGUGAUGGGGGGCAGGGAGGAGGCUGCCCACAGCACCCCCCUGUCCAAAGUGGCUGAAGGGAGAAAUGCCUGCAAGGCAACCGGCAGGCGGCCAGAACGGGCCAAGGCCCUCGGGAAGAGAAGGAGCGCCCAGUCAAGUCAUCUGCUCCUAAAAAGAGACUCCAUCCUGUCACCCUGAGGGAGUGUCACCAGGUGGUCCUCCUCCUGGAAGGGGUCCUUUCUCCGCUCCAGCCGCCAUGGUAGGCAGCCCAGAAGCAUCCUGGCUUUUCCGCAGGUCGCAAAGAGGGCAAGGGGGGGGUCUCCUGUGAGGUGGGCCCCAGGGUGGUGCCCUUCUUCAGAGGCCCACCUUCCCAUUGGGUUGGCAGAAGUUUGUAGGCUGGCUCUGCAAGGGGUCCCUGCCAAGGCCCAGAGCGAGGAGUGGGUUGCCGUUGAGGAUGGGGGCGCCCUGAGGGGGGGCCGGCGCAGGUGCUGCUUCCUCCUCCUCCUCCCCACUCAGAAGUAGCUGCUCCGUCUCUGUGUCCGAAG